UAAAAACAAAAAAUAUACCCGCCCUUUUAAGGGCGGGUCAGAAUCUAGUUAUCAAUUGAAUUUAAAAAAAACACGCGGCAUUCUCAUUUUUAUUUAUAUAUAUACGAGGACAAUAAUUUCUACACAACCUCUUGAACUCAUUCCUGACUCUAUUCUCCUCCUACUCUGUUUUUGUUCAUAAACAUAAGCCUUGCGAAGUUGAAGAAAACAGCAAUCCAGCGAUACUUGAGAUGGGCUCAGGACAUAAGACGAAGGAUCUGGGCCGCUCAUCGGUUUUCAUCCAACGGCUCAGUAGCGCCCUCCUGAUCGACGAUUUCCAAAAACCAAUAUAUACGACGGACAGAAACAUUCUCAGACUGAAGCAUUACAUCUCUGUGAUCUUCUGGAGAACGCUUCCGUUGCGGAUUUGGAGAAGGUGCACAGGGAGUUCCGCGAGCGACUCUUCUUCCUUAGCGAACACGAAUUCGGAUCUCUCCUUCUGAUGAAGUUCUGUGCAAGGAUCAGUGAUCUCAAUCUCGAGGAACCUAUCAUUCAACUCCUUGCUGAUCAUAUCGCCGACUUAGAGAGGAUGAAGAUGACUUUGCUCAAUGGCAUUGGGUAAGAUGAAUCUUCAUUUAGGGUUAGGGUUUCUUUUUGGCUUCUUUACUGAUGGCUAACAUUUUACUUCAUUCAAGUCGCUGAUGAACAUUGUUCAUGUAUGUAACAAAGUUGAAGUUUUCGCCUUGCUCCUCAAACGUAUAGACAUCAUGAAAGAAUCUAUGGAUGUUAGACCUCUGUUCAGUUCUCUAUUUCGGACUCUUAACGUUCGUGAGCUUGAGCCAUUGAUGAGGUUAAUCGAUUUCAACAUCAUCAACCUAUCCAGUGAUCCUAGAAGCCUUGCAAACUUUGAGUCCAUGGUUCAAAUCGCCAGAUAUGAUGUUCAGAUGUGUCUCAUUGACAUGAUUAGACCUUGUGUUCUUGACAUUGCACGCGACAAAAAUGGGAACAAUGCUUUGCAAAGUCUGAUCAUUCUUCACAAUGGAGCUUCCGACUUUCUUGUCAAUACAAUGGCAAACAACAUUACCAGCUUGUCACAUCAUCCAUAUGCUAGCUUUGUUAUCCAAAAGUGUCUGCACCUUGGCAGCAAGAGGAAUGUCCUCUUCAUCAUCUUUGAGCUCUCAACCACUGGCCUCCUCUCUUUGUUGUAUCAGCGCUUUGGGAAUUAUGUCUUGCAAUCGGUUGUGAGAAGGAUCUCUGUUUUGAAUGCUGAGCAGUGCAGGGAACUCAUUUCUGAGAUAUUGAGCAGGAGAAACGAGUUAGAGACUCAUGACUCGGCCAGAAAGGUUGUCAAGACAUGCGAUUAUGUUCUAAAGAAGAUGUGAGUCUAGAAGAAUCCACCUAUAUGUACAAAGACUUAUACAUAUUCUUGCUUUGUUGUUACCUAACCUCUUUGCCAAAGAGUUGUUUGUCUAGAUGCCUUUAUCUUCUAUUGAGGAUGAGAGGAUUGGUAGUAGAAUUUGAUUGUGGAGGCUCUCUUUGUACAAAGAGAUACAUAUUGUUGCUUUGUUGUUACCUAUUAUAGAACUAUAUAAUUGCCUUUUGUACACUCCAUUGAUAUCUCGGUAUAUUCCUUUGUUGACUUGUCUCUUGUAAAUUCUGUAGCUUUUUCCUUCUUUGGUUUGGUUCA